AUGACAGAAAAAAUAUGCCAUAAAUUUAUAAACGAAAAUAUUAAAACACUAUGCAAUGAAACAUUCGAAAGUGAAAAAAAACAUGAAAAGGAAAGUGAAAGUCCUAGUAAAAGCAUAAGUCUUAAUUGCUCAUCAAGGUGUGAAGAAUUAUGUACUAAUAUAAAUAGCAGAUUACAAAAAAUAAAAGAUAUUGUACACCUUAGAUCUGGGAAACCAAAUGUCAUUUUAAUUGAAACAUUAAAUUAUAUUAAAGAGCAUAUAAAAGAAAUAGAAAAAUAUAUUCAAAUGCUUAAUAAAGUUAUUUAUGAAGAAAAUAAGGCAUAUGAUUAUGUUCAAAAUAUAUUUAAUAUAUUGGACAAACAAAAUGAAAACAUUCAAAAAAUAUAUAAUAUAUGUAGUCAAAAUAUUGUAAUUACAAAAAAUAAUAAUGAGCUUAUUUUCCAAAAGCCAGAAAGUUGUUCUUCUCUUUCGGAAAAUUUUAUUAAUAAUCUACUAAGUGUAUGCAAAGAGGAAAAUGAAAAUAAAAAUAAUGAUUGUGAAAAUAAAAAUGUAGAACAUAACGAAAUAAAAGAUUUCAGCACAAAUGAAUUUAAUAAUGAAAGCUUCAUAAAUUAA